UGGAAUCAGGUUAGGUCCCUUACACUGUUUUGUUCCCACAGAAGACAGAGUCCCUCUGAGCUCCACAUCCUUCUUGGAGGUUCAGAGACUACUCCAAUCCAACAGGACCCGGGAAAGAAGGAUCAGGAGAAAAGGGUGUGUGUAGAAGGGAAGGCAGGUGAGGGGCUGUCUGCCCCUCAUCCCAGUCUCUGGAUGAAGGAAGGCUGACAACACUAAGGCCCCAGCACAGUCUCUUUCCUUUGAUUCUCCUGAGUCAAGCUCUUCAGAGGAAGGGAUAUCAGGUGAGCCAAGAGGGCACUUUCUUGUUCACUUUUGUAGUUAUAGAAGACAGAAGACCAGAAAAUCCCACGUUUUUCUCCAUGGAGGUGCCCUCUGGGCAGAACGAGCCAUGGAAAGAGGCACAGGAGAACAGGCAAGCUCCACAGCACAGAGGCCCUGUGGCCUCCAGUUCUGCCUCUUCAGAGGCCAUCCCUGAGCAGGGAACUAAGAGGAAGAAGAGCCGGAAGAUGAAGAAAUUGGUACACGUCAAGAGAGCUACCGAUGAGAGCAUCUCUCUGGCCUCCAAUUCAGUCCCCUUGGAAACGGUCUCUGAGCUGAAAUCCUUCAGGAAGAGGGGUAAGAAGCGGACCAUAUGGACUGUCAACCACGUUGAGGGAACAAAGCUCACACUGAACAAGAGACGACGACCAAGUUACCGCCCUGAGGACCAGGAAGCCUUCUACCGACUUUUGGAGGAUCCCGUUAUCCAGAGUUUCUUGGAAGCUGACAUUUUCCUCAAAGUGUCUGACAAGUACCUGCUCUCCAUGGUGGUGGAGUACUUCGGCCGCGUCGGGCUGCCUGGACACCUCUACAACAGGAUCCACUUCUUCUUGGCCCUCUACAUUGCCUCCGACAUGGAGGAGGACAACCCCACAUCCAAGCGGAGUAUCUUCCAGUUUCUGCUGGGCAAGGAGCAGUGGCCAGACCUCUGUAAAGAGUUUCUGAAGCUAAAGAUGGAGUUCUUCCAUGCAAUGGGGUACCGAGCUUGGGUCACCCCAGAGCUGUGUGAGGAGAUCCAGGCCCAGAAUCCUCAUCAUUGGGUCUGGAGUCGGGAACGCCAGUGUACCCCCUAGGUUCCCAGCCCCAGGCUGGGUUGUGGAGCGAGGGCUACAGAUGGUCCAGCUCCUGCCCACCCUUGCCACUCCCCACCCCCCAACAGAGAAGCAGGUACCAUGUCCAGCCUCCAGGCAGCUGUAGCAUGACUGUAUCUGGUCUCCAGUUUUCCUCUGGCCUGCAAAAUGGAGGGUCCAGGGCAAACCCAGACCACAGCAGCCUCACCUGGGGCAGCAAACCAGCCGCUGGAACAUUGGUGCCAGACGCCAAGUGGAUGGCAGCUAGCGGAGACCCUGAUUCCUCAGUAUCCUGGGAAGUAUCUAGCUACAUACUAGAGGAGGUGCCCAACCCAAGGGAAUCCAGAGAUGUCCAGAGCGAGGCCUCAACAGAAACAAGACGGGAUGAGGAAGAAGGGGCAGGAAGUCCAGGAAGAGUCCUGGAUCAC